CCUGUAUAUCAGAAGAAACGGAAAUAGCCGAGAUCAUCCGGAUAAUAAUUACAGCCAAUCAAAUUCGUUUCACACACACGUUGCAAGACGAAGGGCAAAGACCGACCAAUUAGCCGAUUAAUGACAGUUUACCAAGUGACAAGCAUAGUUUGUAUUGAUAAAAGGAUGAUACGUAUUAUUGUGGAAAAUUAACGCAGAACCUAAAAAAAUAAAUAUGAUGACAGCUAUGGAUUUCCUGCCAAGUGACCUUGAGCACAUGAAUACUAACUUUCUGGACAUGAUUGAGAAUGAAGCAAAUGCUCAACAGAUUUUGGAUAUUGAAAAUCUCAAUUCAGACAAAUUAAAUGAUAUUCUGAAUGAGGAUCUCAUUCAUGAUACCCCGUCCAUGGACUUUGAAGAUGAUAUGAACAAUUCUAAUUGGUUCCAAAGUCUUCAGUGGAAUGAUACUACAAAAGUUCCUCAAAGUUUGAUCGAUGCUUCAAAUGAGGUGGAGAAUAAUAAUCCAAAUUUGUUAGUUGAUCCACAAAGUGUUCUUCCUAUUCAUUCUACGCCACAGGUGCAGAAGUCUAACACACAGCAAAUGAAUCAGAUUAAUACAUGUAAUGGAAUAGCAGUGAAAAUAAAUGGACAGGAUGCUGUUCUUACACCAACACAACAUCCACAGAUUCAGUAUGUUACAGUUCAAAAUGUUGUGUCAAUAAAUAACCAGCAAGUAGGAUAUACCGUCCAACCUAUUACAAUAUGUCCUCAACAAAACAUUCAAAAUGUUGGAACUGUAACAUCUCCGUCAUUGACAUCCCCGGUUCUGGUCGAACACUUACAGAAUGGAAUGCAGCUUGUGAACAAUAAUAACAAUAAUAAAGUUGCAUCACAACAAAGACAACCAGAAAAAGUGUAUCCAAAACCUGUGUAUUCAUACAGUUGUUUAAUAGCUAUGGCCUUAAAGAACAGUCGUACCGGGAAUUUACCUGUCAGUGAAAUCUACAAUUUUAUGAUUGAUAAUUUCCCAUAUUUCAAGACUGCCCCAGAUGGAUGGAAGAACUCUGUUCGACACAAUCUGUCACUUAACAAGUGUUUUGCUAAGGCUCACGAUGGUAAGGCUAACGGUACGCACACCAGGAAGGGCUGUCUAUGGGCACUGAAUCCUGCAAAGAUAGAGAAAAUGGAGGAAGAAAUUGUUAAAUGGAGGAAAAAGGACCCAGAAUCUGUCAAACUUAGCAUGUCUAAACCAGAAAACCUUGAGUUGAUUGAACAAGGGAAGGCUGGGCCUCCUCGGGAAAUUGACGAACUCUCUACUCGGGUGAAGCAAGAACCAGUGACUCCUGUGAAACAGCAGCGACAAGUUCAAACCCAAGUGGUUCAUCAGCAGUUACAACCUCAGCUGAUUUGUAAACAAGAGGCUGUGGUAAUGGUGAAAACAGAACCAGAAAUAAGUGUCACAGAUGUCAAUACAUUUGAUCCAUCGCUACCUAAUUUAGCAAUGCAGCCUGGUAGCGGAAUGUGGGAGGAGGACCUAACUAUAGGGGUUGGAAAUCCAACACACCCUGGCAUUGUAUGCUCAUCACCUUUAGUCUCGCCAACUAUCAGUGGUUCAACACAGUACCACGGCAAUGUAACAUAUACCUGUACGAGUCCCCAGAUAUCUCAUAGUCCAAUACACCAUAAUCUCACGCCGUCAAAACUUUAUCCACAGACACCAACAAAAAUCUAUCCACAGACGCCGUCCAAACUGGUGCUAGCGUAGUUAUUUCUCUUAUACAAUGUCACAAUGUCAUAUCAUACUCAAAUGAAAAGAAAAAGAUAGAGAUUCUUUUAUUUCCUCCAUUUAGAAGAGCAUAUCAUAUGUACAAAUCUAUGAUUAUUUUGUUUUAUAAGGAAGUUUUCAGCUAGAUAAAAGAAAGUAUAGUUGAUAAGGUAUUUUCCGGGUAUAGAUUGCAAAAAUGUUUAUCCAACAAGCUUGGUAACAAGUGAAAAUAUGUGUUUAAAAACAGCAAGAUUUUGUUAAAGUUUGGAGAUUAUUGAAAAUUAAAUGUGAACAUUUUGUUGAUGUUUGGAUCUUGAUUGAAUUGGUGUUUUGAUAUAUAUUUUUAAAGGGAAAAAAAUCAAAAUACAAAAUUUUUAAUGAACAAUGAAUUGAUGUAUAUUUAAGUAGAUGGGGGAAAAAUACUAUAUAAAGGAAGCUUCAAGAUUGAGUAUGGUAUAACUUGUGUUUGUUCAUUGUUAAUGUAUUUUACAUGAACACUUGUGUGUGAUAUAUAUAAAUAUAUUUGUUUUCUUCAAAAUUAAUCAGUUUAUGUAUGUUUUCUUUUUUGUGUGUGAUUUUUCUUAUCAGUGAUAACAGUACAUAUUUUAUUCUAUAAGUGUUCUAAUUUAGUUGUCUGUAGAUUGAUGCUAUGUAGGAAUAUUAGAUUCUUUUUAUCUUAAAACUGCUGUCCUAGCGUACUUCUGAGAUGGUUUUAUAAAUGAAACAUUUUUAUUUUGUUUUGCCUAGAUGUUAAUUUGUAACAGUUUGCUCAAUUUUUAUGUCAAAAUUCCAGUUGCCAUGAAAAUUCAGGGAUCAGACUCAUUAUAAGCUUCAUAUCAUCUACAUUUACAGUAUAUAUAUAUACAUUUACAGCAAUUAAUAUGCAAGUUUCAGGCAGUAUUUUCAUUGUAACAGGGACACUACUGAGGAGUUUUUGACAUGACAAGACUGGAAAUAUACAUUUUUUUGAGAUUUUAUAACAAUUGAUUUAGGUCUAUACCAUUAAUUUGUGUGCAGAAUUUCAGAUCAUUUUUACACAGGUAUUUAAAAAAAAAAUUUUUUACUUUUUGAACUCGGCGAAAACUGAUCAUUAUAUCUUGUUUAUUUUUCCUCUGUGUUUUAUAGUUUUCAUUUACAGCAAUAUAAGUAUAUUAUAUUCAUAAAGUUGUUUGUGGGUUUUUUUUUUUUGAAGAUAUUUAUUUUGAUUUUCUGUAUCUAAGAUUCGCACACUUAUAAAUGCAAAAGUGUUAGAUUUUACUGUACAAUAAGAGAUAGGUAGUAAAAGAAUAAAAUUAUUUUAGAUAAUAAACAACAGUGUAAAGCUGAACUUAAGAAUUUUUGUUUUUCAUGACCAUGAAGCUUGUGGUUUAAUUGGUGUUAUGUAUAGAUAUGUAUAAAUAUCAUAUAUUAUGUAAAGCCUGAUAAAAGAAAUUAGGCUCUAAUUCACGAAGUCAUGAUUUCCAUAUAACACAUUAUAGAAUCUUUACAUUCCUUCAUUACUUUUGGAAAUAUUUGCCUGAUUAACUUACUUUUAUAAUGGUACAAAGUUACAAAUUAUCUCUAUUUAAUUAAUUGAUUUCAAAGGAAAUUAUAUUUGGCUGUUCUUAUUUGUUGUUGUUUCUUUUAUUUUUCAAGCAAUUUAUCACAUAUUAUUGUUGCACUCUUUAUUGUUAAGGUUGUUCAAAUUUCAGAGUUAAAGGAUAGUUAAAACUACUGAAAAUAACUGCUUAAUUCAUGAUUUUAACAAUUUUUAGCUUGACUCUUUGUUAUUUUUCAAUGGAUUCUCUUCAAACUUGAACAUUAUAAUCUGUUAGAAUAGACCGACAGAUCUAGACAUACACUCAUAAGUGACAUUGAACUUGAAGGUCAAAUUAUUGAUAUUCUCUCUCUUUUUUGGCUGUAACUGGCUUUAACUUUGUAAUUAUUAUGGUUUGACGUCUAAGUACAACAGAACAUUCUUUAGGAUACGACCUUCAUGUAUGUUAAACUCAUAUUGACCUUGGCUCUUUUAUGACCUUGAACUUGAAGCUUAAACUAUUGAAUUUUCACUGCGUUUUGCUAUAAUUGACUGUAAUCUGUUAAUUAAUAAAUGGUUUAUCUUCGUACUUUGAGGAAACACCAUUUUGGACAAGACCUGUGAAAAGUUGGACAUGACAGUGACUUUGAGCUUUAAAUGACCUUUAACUUCAAAUUUAGACACAUCAUCUUUUAGGUCAGGACCUAUGUAUAUCAAACACAAAUUGGCCUCGACUCAUGUAUGACCUUGAAUGUAAAAUUAUUUAAUUUCCACUGAUUAUCUACAAUUGGCAGUAACUUGGUAAUUAAUCAAUGAAUUAUUUAUUUGUUUGCUUUUAGAGCAAAGUAUAAAAAAAAGUCGAGCCUUGCCACCGCCUGGCAGUGGCUCUUGUUAAGUAUAAAGUUUAAAAUUAUUGACACUUUUUAAUAAACACAAGCAAAUGUUUGAUAUGUUAUAAAGCAGCUAUGAAGAUGAUAUUUGAUGACAAGAUAAGUUACUAUAAUAGAUGAUGUUUCAAGAUGGCUCAUUAACAUUUGGGGUUCAUAAUUUAUGAAUGCAGAAUUAGAAAGAUACAUCAUAAUGCAGUAUCUGUCAUUGCUGAUUUCCUCAUUUCCAUCUUUACAUUUAAAUUGUUGCAAUUCUUCUUUUCAUCAAACGUGUAUAUAUUAAAAAUAGAUACGAAAAAAAAAGCGAAAAAAAAAAUACAGACUCAUCUCUUGCUUACACAUCUAUUUUUAUUUCACCUUCAUCAAAUACUCCCAAAAAAUCAUAACAGUACCAAGUACAUAUACAACAUGGUGACUACAUAUUUUUAUUGUAAUGUAUUAUAAUAAAAUGUAUUGAAUUAUGUAUUUUUCUAGUCCACAGAGUGUUCAAGAAAUAACGUUGUUCCAUUUUUUUGUGUGAUACAAAUCAUAUACUAUACAUAUUAUUAAAGAAUAUAAACUUUGCAUUUUUAUAUUGGCAGCAUUUUUGAGAUAUUUUUUUUGUAAUACUUACUUUGCAGAAUUGGUGCAUUUUCGUAAUAAAAGAAAGCAGUGGUUCUGCCAAUUAUUUGUAUAUAUUGUUCUUUUUUUAUAUAAAGAUUUGAGGCUCUACUGUUUGUAGGAAGAUAAAUGUUGUUAAAUUUUGUCAGAAUGAAUUUGUAUUGUUAGAUGUAGAUUGUUUUUUUUUUUUG